AUGGAAACAGUCAAAGAGGCGGGGGAGUUCCUUUUCAAGUUGCUGCUCGGAAGUCCCAUAAUAACUUCCAGGAUCAUCGCAUUGACUGGAAACUACUUUGGGCAACUCACCGUUACGCAAGAUGCUCUAGCUACCCAGAAACGAGAGACGGAGAAAAUUAGUGAAGGUCUUAACGCAUCAAAUGAUGAAAUCGAAGAUGCGAUGGAGGGGGUCGACCUCAAAUUGGAUGAGCUUUACGUCCUGUUAUUAGGGCAAGACUAUGCGACUGAAAUUUUUUACAUAACCGAUGCAGGUCCGGAUGUUCCACAACCUCCAUUGGAACAACUUGAAGGCAUGGAGAGAUCAGAUACUGUAAAGGUCGGGGUCCAUGACGUAGAACAUGUGAACGCCUGUUUCUGUCCAGAACGGCCCACUAGUCAGGAAACGAAGGCUCUUGCGGACAAAGGAAAGAAGUAUUUAUCAGGGCCUGCAUCUAGCCCUGAUGCCGUGCAAAAUCAGCAAAUUGAAACAAUCCACCUCCUGAAGCAACAGCUCACGAUACUUGCAGACCAGAAAUGUCAACUCAGAACACAACUAGAUCUAAUCAAAUCGGAAGUCCAAGCUCAGCGAGAGGCACUCAAAAUCUCCGAGGCGCGAAUCAGAGACCUACAAGCCAGAGAACGGGAAGCUGAAGAGGAAAGAGAAAAAAAGCGCCGUCAAGCCUGGUGUUCUAUUCUGUGA